AUGGCUAAAAUAAGUGACCAAGACAUUGUGAGCACUUUGAUUGAAUCAGACAGUGAAUUUUCUGAAAAUGGCGAGGACACUCUUGACCAUGAGCAGCCCUGCAGUGGAACUGUAAUCGAAAGAGCAUCGAGGAAAGUGUACACAGUUCCCAAUUUAAGCCAACAUUUGCAGCCCCAAGAUCGCCUUCCUUUCAAGAAAAAUGUCUCAACGACCCUCUAUGGAAGUGAUAAUGUCCUUGUGGAUGUCCUCUCUUACGGUGGUGCGAUGUACGCUGGUGCUAAAGCACAGUUCCAGAAACGAAAAGCUGAAGGACAGAUAUUAAUUACAUCCCCCGAACCUACAGUUGAUUUUUCUCUGAUUCUUGCGUCUGAUGAAAGAGCCACUCACAAUGUCUCUAAGAAGAAAAAAGGUCCUUCGCCUUUGAAGAAGCGUAAAAAUAUCAAACAGAAAAAAGGAUCUAAAGCUGUUAAGAAGCUCCCUUAUGACGACGACGUUGUGUCUUUGCAAAACCGGACUGCGGAAAUAAUAAAUUCAAAAAACAUUGACAGUAUUGGGACUACUCAUAUCAAUCAAGAAUCCGCUUCGCCAGGGCAGAGCAAGAGAUUUAAAAAGAAAAAUUCAAAAGCAAUACUGGCACCAAAUGAAUGGUUAAGAAAUAAACUAGGCGAUAGCGCUACUGUGGAGGCAACUAGAAAAAUGAAGGACGUGUCACAAAGCGAGGGAUACAGUGGCUUGAGUGUUGGAAAGAAUGGUUCUCCUUUAAAACCAAGCGCUAAAAAACAGCUUAAAUUUGGUCCAAAUUCCUUGGAAGAGACAAGCACAACUAUUAGCGAACAGGGACCCGAUGAGAAGCCUCCUAGAAAAAAGACGCAACCUGCUGAAGUUGGAUUUCGAUACUUAAUUGGUUGUAUGUUUACUGAAGAAUACAUAAUGGCCCAUAGCUACCAUGGUCGCAGAAUCAGCCCACCUCUAACAUCUGCUGAUAAAUUUGGAUUAAAAAUGAUCAGAGAUUACUGUGAGUGGUAUGUUCGUCAGUAUGGCAUUCCGUAUGCUGAAUCGCAAAUCAAAAUUGGAAAAGUUUAUACUAAAUACAGAGGCAAUGUUAGAAACAAAAUCAAUAAGAGAAGAAACUACGUGCCGAAAGCCCUGAGGCGUCCUCAUUGAAUAUUGAUGAAAAUACUUUUCGCCAUCGCAAUGUAUAUUUAAAUUAAUAAUAAAA